UAUAAAAGAUCUACUGCACCAACUGCUUUACCAAUUUCUAAAAUAUUAACUACGAAAUUAUUCCCAUUAUCAAUAAAUGAAUCAUUCCAAGAUUAUAUAAAGAGGAAAGAUAUGGAUAUUGCACAAGAGAAUCUAUUAAGUCUGUUAAAAUGUCAUGGUUCAGUUGAAGAUUUUAGAAUUUCAAAACUAUUGAAAAUUCAAAUUGAUGAUGAUGGGAAUUAUAUUAAUGAAUUUGUUAUAUAUCCCAAGAAUGCAAAUUAUUCAGAAUUAAAUCAUUUUGUAUUGAUUCAUGGAUAUGGUGCAGGGUUGGGAUUUUUCCUUAAAAAUUUUGAUGAAAUUAGUAUCAAGAAAAAUUGGUGUAUUCAUUCAAUUGAUUUAUUAGGUUAUGGUUGUUCAUCACGUCCAAUUUUCAAUUCUAAAACAUCAAUCGAGGAAUAUUUUGUGGAUACUUUAGAAAAAUGGAGAAUAAGUAGAGGUAUUGAUAAAAUGUUGAUGUGUUCUCAUAGUUUAGGUGCAUAUAUGAGUUUACUCUAUACAAUGAAAUAUCCCAAGCAUGCUCAAAAACUAUUAUUAAUCUCACCAGCAGGGAUCUAUAAACCUUUGGAUUUGAAAUUGAAUAUACCUGUUUGGUUUAAUUAUCUUUGGGAACAAAACAUUUCACCAUUUUCUUUAGUUAGAAAUACUGGACCUUUUGGAAGUUUAAUAACAUCAGGUUGGACAUCAAGAAGAUUUGCCAAAUUAACUUCAAGGGAGCAAUUUUUUUUACAUAAAUAUACUUAUUCAAUUUUCAAUGCAAGAGGUUCUGGUGAAUAUUAUAUGAGUCAAAUCUUGGGAGCUGGUGGUGUUCCCAAACUACCAAUAAUUGAAAAAAUUGAUCAAAUAACUUGUGAUACAACUUGGUGUUAUGGUGAUGAAGAUUGGAUGCCAAAAGAAGGUGGGUUGAAAAGUAUUGAAAAGAUUAAACAAAAUACUGAUUUCAAUAGUGAGUUUAAAGUCUUUGAUAAUUCUGGUCAUCAUAUCUAUUUAGAUAAUUAUAAACAGUUUAAUGAGUUUAUCUUGGAAGAGAUGGAC